CUCGUCACUCUCGUCCAAUUCGAAAACUCCUACUCCGCCAAGCACGCCAAAGACGGCAAAUCCAUCUUCACCCGCACCAUGGAAACCUCCAUGGUCCCCGAAAAGGAAGCGGACCGAAUCAAUUUGAAGCAGCAGGAGCUUGCGCUAAGGGCGGCGGAGACUAAGAAGUUGUUUAUGAGUGCGGAGAGGCCUGAGAUUAUGAGGUUGAAGGAUUGGGAGCAGUUUAACGCUGGGUCUCCGUUCAAUCUUGCGCCGGGAUCUCAGGCGGAUGUUUCGGGUGUGAAGCCGAGGUUGGAUUGAAUAUAUACCCCUUGAGGAGGUGAAGGUGGAACACGAGGAGUAAUUUUGAGACUGGAGUCCUGAUAGAGCUGGAAAAG